GUGGGUCUGGUGAGUUUACAUACACCUGGAAGAAGAGAAUGUCAAGACGCAGUAGCCGUUUACAAGCUAAGCAGCAGUCCCAGCCCAGUCAGACGGAUUCCCCACGAGAAGCCCAGAUAAUCCAGGCCAAGAAGAGAAAAACAGCCCGGGAUGUCAAAAAGAGAAAAGAGGGAAAGGCCACCAAGAAACAUCAGAUUGAGAUUAGGAAUUGCUGGCCACCUGUAUUAUCUGGGGGAAUCAGUCCUUGCAUUAUUAUUGAAACACCCCAUAACGAAAUAGGAACAAGCGACUUCUCCAGAUUUACAAAUUACAGAUUCACAAAUCUUUUUAUUAAUCCUUCACCUUUGCCUGAUUUAAGCUGGGGAUGUUCAAAAGAGGUUUGGCUAAACAUGUUAAAAAAGGAAAGCAGGUAUGUUCAUGACAAGCAUUUUGAAGUUCUGCAUUCUGACCUGGAACCACAAAUGAGGUCAAUACUUCUAGACUGGCUUUUAGAGUUAUGUGAAGUAUACAUACUUCACAGAGAAACAUUUUAUCUUGCACAAGACUUUUUUGAUAGAUUUAUGUUGACACAAAAGGAUAUAAAUAAAAAUAUGCUUCAACUCAUUGGGAUUACCUCAUUAUUCAUUGCUUCCAAACUUGAGGAAAUCUAUGCUCCUAAACUCCAAGAGUUUGCUUAUGUCACUGAUGGUGCUUGCAGUGAAGAGGAUCUUAGGAUGGAACUCAUUAUAUUAAAGGCUUUAAAAUGGAAACUAUGUCCUGUAACAAUCAUCUCCUGGCUAAAUCUUUUUCUUCAAGUUGAUGCUCUUAAAGAUGCUCCUAAAGUUCUUCUACCUCAGUAUUCUCAGGAAACAUUCAUUCAAAUAGCUCAGCUUUUAGAUCUGUGUGUUCUAGCUGUGGAUUCAUUAGAAUUCCAGUACAGGAUACUGGCCGCUGCUGCCCUGUACCACUUCACCUCCAUCCAAGUGGUUAAGAAAGCCUCAGGUUGAUGGGACAACAUUUCAGAAUGUGUAGACUGGAUGGUGCCUUUUGUUAGUGUCAUAAAAAGUACGUGUCCAGUGAAGCUGAAGACUUUUAAGAAGAUUCCUGUGGAAGACAGACAUAAUAUCCAAACACAUACAAAUUAUUUGGCUAUGCUGGAUGAAGUAAAUUAUGUAAACUCCUUCAGAAAAGGGGGACAGUUGUCACCAGUGUGCAGUGGAGGCAUUAUGACACCACCAAAGAGCACUGGAAAACCACCAGGAAAACACUAAAGAUGUGGACUCGAACAAGCUGGAACUGACCGAGUUUUGGGUAGAAUUUCAUACAACUUAACUACCCUUGUCCUAGCCAAUUCAGAAGCUACACUGCCAUCCUUGGAUUUUUAAAGCCACUUAAAAUUGGCACUAAAGACAUUUAAUUCCUAUGUUAGCUGGUAAGGAAAUAGCAGAAUUUGUUUACAAAGAUGACUUCAUUCCCAAGGUUACUGGAUAGAAGGCAGCCACGAUUUGUGCCACAGCAACAUUUUUUGAUCCAGUGUUAACUAUAUUUAUCAUUAUAAACCAGGAAUUUUACCAUUGGAGUUUGGGCUAGGUAAAUGCUA